AUGGAGGAGGAGCUGCCAUCCUUGGUGGAAGCGAUUGUGCUGGAGCCUGCCUUGCGUGCGACGGAGUCUCAAGCUUCCGCCCUGGGUCUCUAUGCUGCCCGCCUAGAGGCGCCCAGGGCAGCAAAGCCACCUGCCCGUUUGGACGAGGUCAUCACCUUUUCCUUGGCGAGCGGUUCAUCUGCGCAACGCGCCUUGUUGCAAUUGGCAGCUGCCUUGUUGAGCCUCCAUGGCGUGUCGCCGGGUCGCCUGGUUUUUCGCCGCGGUGGUUUUCCGGGCGCCGAAGAUCGAGGCCUCCAAACCGCAGACCGCCGAACGCCACCCGGCGUGCCGUCCAAGAGCGUCAUGUCCUUCGCCAGCUUGCCCAGCCAGACGAUGGCGCCGAUCAGCCGGCUGAUGGCGUUGGUCUGGGGCAACAAGGAAGUGAUGCAGAAGGAUUCCAAGGCUGUCCUCACAAAAGAUGAGAAGCAGCUCAAGGUCGAAAGCAAGAUCGAAACCAACAAGCGCCAGAAGGAAGUUCGCAUCGAUGCGACCACCAUGGUGCCCACCGACCUAUAUUGGAGCCUCCUUCGCGCAGGAGAGCGUGCGAGGAGUGUGGGGCAACAUCGCUUGAAGACCGCGUCCAGGCAAUCAAGCAACGAGCCACACUUGGUGAGAAGCUGA